AUGACCACACUCGCUUCCAGGGCGCCCUACCCGGCAUCCUCCCACCCCGCCGGUAUGGCUUCAAAUCUAUACCGGCUCCCGAACACGGCCAUCAACGGGCAUCCGAACGUCUUCACCUCACCCACCGAGUCCGAAUUCUCAGAGUCGCUCGCAGACCAACGGGAUGGCGUACAGGACUGGGACGAGGCGCGUGUGUGCGACUGGCUACGGAGCAUCAAUUGCGGGCAGUAUGUGGAGAUCUUCAGGCGGAACAACAUCAACGGCGAGAACUUGAUGGACAUCGACCAGGCGACGUUGAAGGAGAUGGGCAUUAAGAAGAUUGGUGAUCGCGUGCGGAUCGGUGCUCAGGCGAAGGUGUUUAGGAGUAAUGUGUACAAGAGGACGAGCAAGAGGAACAUCAACAGGCACUCGUUGGCGGCGCUUGAUGGUAAUACCACACUGACGCCUCCAUCAUCUGGAUCUCCACGGACACUGCACUCAGCCAGGCCGAAUGCUUCGCGUGGCGACAAGCGCAUGUCGCGGCAGAUGGGAAGCUCAGAGAUCAAGAACGUGUCGCAUAUGCUUGCCAAGCCCUCAUCGCGGCCAAGCUCGCCCAUGAUCGACCAAGAAAACCGAAACGUAAGAAGAGGCCCUGGUGCACCCAGUCCGAUGGAAAAUGCGCGCAAGGAGCAGGGUGGGAGUUACUUUGGCCAGCCGGCCACUACUGCCCGGUACGUUGGUCGGCCAAGUCCGCUGGAUACACCGCAGACUGCCCGGUUCAAUGGUCACGUCAAGGCAUCACCUUCUGUCGAUGGUCUCAACUCAAGCAAUCUUGUCGGCGCCCUACCUUCCGACAAACCUCUCAUACGAGUCAUCUUCGAGAGUGGCAGGGCAUCAGCCAUCAGCAUCGAUGGAUUCCGCACAGCUGAAGACAUCAUCAGGUUGACUCUGCGGAAGGGCGCCUUGAACGAGAAUCAUUUCCGAUCGUACUGCUUCUACGUGCUGGACGGAACUGACCCUAACCCAACAUUCUGCCGCCGGCUGGGUGAAGCCGAGCUCAUCAAACUUUGCAAUGACGGUGUGAGAGGGGAGCGCGGUAGACUAAUACUCAGGAAGAUUCAUGCUGGCGAGCCAGAGGGUGAACAACUGCGAAUGGCAGCACGACUGGCAGAGCAGCAACUACCCGAGCCGCCAGCCAUCGAAGUGCUACAGCCGAACAAGAGCAGAAGCCAGCUCAAGAUCGAAAAGCUGACAGGCGAGCCGUUGGCGGCGGUCAGCUACCCGAUGUCACCGGCGAGCCAGAUGGAUCGUGAGAACUACUUCGCCUCCCAAUCAUCGUCGGUGUCACGGAAUGCCAGUCAAGCAUCUACAGCCUCCGCACGAGCGCGAAAGCUGAAGGACUUCUACGGAGCCCGGCCACCGACUGAAUUGAUCACGCAGGAUCUGCAGUCAUACUUCCCAGAAGUCAACAAAGAGGAGAUGGAUAGGACCGUCCGGAUGUCGAUACGAAGAAGUCGAAGGAUAAGUCGGGCUGUGUCUCGACUGAGCACCGUCAGCAGUAUCAGCAUAGCCGACAGUCUCAAGGACGCACCUCCGCUGCCUUCAAUAGCAGACCAAUGGCUGAAGGAGGCUGGCAACCAAGGACGACCGUCAGGACUACGACCGCUGAGCUUGAUGCGACUUGGACGACCAGACUCGUAUCGAGAAUCUGUCACCAGCAGCGUGCUUGAACCGCUAGACGAAGAAUCCCCUCUGGAGCCGGACAGGAAGAGCUAUGUCUCUUUCGGCGCAGACAGCGGCUCGGAUACGGUUGUCAGCAAACCUGUCUCAGUCACCGACCCAGAUGGCAACACUUCGAUGCAGUCAUACUUCGACGACACACACAGCAGUCCUGCUGGCACCCUCGAAGACAGCAACAGUCUCAACUCUCGCCUCUCCAAAUUCAUAGCAGAAGAUGGAGAAGAGCCGGACGAAGAGCUGAUGGAGCAUCUCGAGACGGACAAUUGGGACGACGUCAAAUACAUGAAAGGCGCCAUGAUCGGUCAAGGCUCUUUCGGCACCGUCUUCCUCGCCCUCCACGCCGUCACCGCCGAGCUCAUGGCCGUCAAGCAAGUGGAGAUGCCUUCCCAAAGCGGCACGGCCAUGGAUGCCAAAAAGAACAACAUGAUCGAAGCCCUCAAACACGAAAUUACCCUCCUCCGCGACAUGAAGCACCCCAAUAUCGUCUCCUACCUCGGCUCCAACAGCGACGAGAACCACCUCAACAUUUUCCUCGAAUACGUCGCCGGCGGCUCCGUCGCCACUAUGCUCGUCAACUACGGCUCCCUCGGCGAAACCCUCAUCGCCAACUUCGUCCGCCAAAUCCUGCAAGGGCUCAACUACCUCCACUCGAAAGACAUCAUCCACCGCGACAUCAAAGGCGCCAACAUCCUCGUCGACAACAAAGGCACCGUCAAAAUCUCCGACUUUGGCAUCUCCAAGCGCGUCGAAGCCUCCACGCUCCUCCACCCACAGAACCCACCCUUCAAACGCGGCGGUCCGCGCGUCUCUUUACAGGGCUCCGUCUUCUGGAUGGCCCCCGAAGUCGUGCGCCAGACGGCUUACACGAAGAAAGCCGACAUCUGGUCCCUCGGCUGCCUGAUCGUCGAGAUGUUCACCGGCAGCCAUCCGCACCCGAACUGCACGCAGCUGCAGGCGAUUUUCAAAAUCGGCGGCAGUGCGGGCGCAGGCGGAGACAAGAAUGCGCGUCCGGAUCUGCCGGAGCAGGCUGGAGAGGAGGCGAGGGAGUUUUUGAGGAGGACGUUUGAGAUUGAGCAUGAGCGAAGGCCGAGCGCGGAGGAGUUGAUGGGGUAUAAGUUUUGUGCUGUUAAGGGGUAG